AUGAAUCCUCUCAUCCCAUUUGCACUCACCAUUCUUGUAUGUCUCUCCCCUUUCCCAACUCUCACCGCCGGUGUCGCAGACACCGACGGUAAACCAGUACGGAACGAUGGCGGAUCCUACUACAUUGUCCCAUACGGCAGUAAUGGAGGUCUCAGCCUUACGCAAAGAGUAGGGGGCUCACCAUGCCCACUCUAUAUAACUCGUACAGCCAACUCUUUUGGCGUACCACUGAGGCUGUCUUCCCCUCUUAGAAUAGCCUUUCUUCCCUCUUCUUCCCCUGUUAGUAUUGCCUUCAUAGCAAACAUUACGCUUUGCGAGGGCCGGGUGUGGCAAGUGACCACCGGCGGUCAAUCGUAUGUGACCGCCAGUGGUGCGCCCAGUGAUUACUAUUAUUCAUUCGCCAUUGAGGUGGCUGGGAAAAAGAAGAAUACUUAUAAGAUAAGGACUUAUUGUAAAUCGUUAGAAGGUGGAGUUGAAAAAAAUUGUGGUGAUUUAGGUAUUAUUAAGGAGAAUGGGUUGUUGGGUGUCACAAAUGACGAACCACUUAUUGUUCAAUUUAAGGAAGCUAGUGAUCCUGGCGAGAGUCUUGGGAAGUCAAUUAUGUAG